GCCCUGGGUGCUGGGUUUGUUUUGAAUUUUGUUUGCUAAAAAGAUGUUUAAAAAACUGAAACCCGGUGAAAGCGAAGAGGAUGUGCUCCGCAUGGCCGCCGACUUCAAAGCGGAGCGACAGAAGAAUCCAAACUUUCAGCCAGCAGCGGCGUUUGUGCGUAUGGAAAAGACGCCGAAGAAGUCCGUGUUUGCACAGAAGCGGGAGCAGGCCAAGCUGGGUCGCGUAUCCUCCAAGAACGAGCCAGGACCCCAAGAGCCGGUAUUAAGCGUCAAGCAGGUAAACGAAAAUGCAAGGAGGAGCGAGGCAGCGCCCACGAACAAGGUUCUGCUGGAUGAAAUCCAUGAAAACAUGCUGGGCGAUGUGAGUGGCAGCAAAGUGAAUCCAAGUCUAAUAAACGCCGUGCUGGGCGAGAUUGUGGAGAGAGCAGAAGGUGCGCAGCGUGCCCCAAUCUCACAUUCCCAGGCCUCACAGCCAGCCACCAAUAGGCCGCGUAGCAUUUUCGCCCAACAGCUUGCUGCAGCAGGAGCAAGAACAGUCCAGGAACCGCAGCACUCACAGCAGAAACUACAUUCCAAGGAGCCAAACGGACGCAGUGCCAUUGUGCGAGAUGCGAAACUGGCAAAGGAGUUGCACGAGGAAAACUUGGCGCUGCUCAAUCAAAUGAGCCAAGAGGAUAUAUUGGCAGAGCGUCAGAGAUUGCAGGCUACGUUAAAUCCUGCACUGCUGGCAAUGCUGUCCAAAAGUCGUGCAGGCAGUGGACCUGCAGCUAAGAGUGAGACAUUGCCAAAGCCCAACGAACCCACAGAACAGCCUCAAGCGUCCAUCUCCGCUUUGGUUGAUUCCAAUCCUGCCCACGCGCUACUGCAACAAAGUGGCGAGAACAAAUGGCUUAACUUCAAUCUUGUGGAGGAGCACAAGCUCGCGUGGAUGCGCGAUAUACCAGCCAAGAUGAGCGAACUGAAGCCGGGCCAACAGUUCGAUGCGCGCUUUGACUGGAAGGGUGUGCUGCUGCCGCACACGCUCAAGCAGCCAGCGCAGGAGCAGGCAACAUCCGUGGACGAACGAGAGUUGUAUUUGCAUGGGGAGGAAGCUGAACGGCCGGGCUACACGCUGCAGGAGUUGUUUCGAUUGGCGCGCUCCACUGUGCUGCAGCAGAGAAUCUCGGCAUUUGGUGCCAUUGCUGGUAUCUUUAGCAUCUACAAUCAGGGCUUCUAUGACCAAGUGCUCAGCCUGCCGAUCUCCAAAAUAUUCUUCCUGCUGCGCUUUGGCCUGGAUGAGAAUGUGCCCGCACAGCUGGAGGUGGUUAGCCGCGCUCUGGCCUGCCUGUUCUACAACGAAACGGAUGAGGUGCUGCUGGACUACAUCCACGACAAUGCCUACUGCCACUGGCAGCCAACGCUGCAGGUCGUGAGCAGCUACAGCGACUCGGAAUCGGACUCCGAUCCCACAUCCAUUGCCUUUCUGCAGCGCUACAUGAAGCUGCUGUCGAGCAGUCCGGCCGUGCGUGCCGAUGUCGCCGAGGAUGAGACGGAGAGCCGCAUGUCCAUGGAUGACUUUCAGCUGGCCGAGACAGAUCUAAUGGCUUGCUUGCUGCGCACGAACAUACUGCAGCGCAUCACGUUUAUCCUCAACUCAGUACGUCCGGACAACAGCAGCGUGGACUCCUGCCUGAAGCUGCUCAUACGCAUCGCUCGCACCAGCAUCCAGGUCGCGCGGCAGCUGGCAAACGAAAGCCAUCUCUUGGUUGUUAUUUUGAGCAACUUUCUGCCCGCUGGGUCGUCGUCGAGUGGCGCCUUCUACGGCCAGCCGCAGCCGCUCUGCCUGAAGCUCAUUCGCGUGCUGGUCUGCCAGCAUCUGGACAUAGCCAAGAGCCUGGCCAAGGGCGUGUUGUUGGAGAGACUGAAGCAGUGUCUAUUUCAGCGCGACAGUGUUGGGGGCAAAAUGGUACGCGUUCAGGUGGAGUCACUGCGCAUCCUGCGCUGUGUGCUGCUGCUGGGCAUUGUGAAUCGGGAUCUGUACAGACAGUUUCUGCCCGCCCUGCGCCAAAUGCUGGACUGGCACUGCAAUCACAGUGUUUUCGAUGGAGUGGGCGGCACAGUGCUGAUCCGACAGCACGCAGCCGCGCUGCUCGUUGCCAUUGUGGCCGCCGGCGAGAGUGGAGUGUGUGACGUUGAUGGGCAGAAGCUGCUGGCAGAGCCACUGCACAAUUGCUGCUGCAGCUGGCUGCACGCUGCCACGCGACUUGAGGCCAUUAAGGAUUUUAGCCAACUAACUCUACUGAGUGCCGCUUCGUAUGCCGUCUCGUGGUUCUCCCGUAAUGGUUACAUGGGCACGGCAGCCUUUCAGCCAUUUCUGCGCAGCAUUUUGCCGCAGUUUGUGCGCUCCCCGUGCUUCGUGGCAUGUGUGCGGGAUCUAAGCAAGGGCUCUGUUCUGCUGCGACGCCCCAUCGAUCGGCGCAAUGUUCAUCCCGCGCUGCCCAAUGUGGGCGCCGUAUUGAUGCAUGACUAUGGACCGCAGCUGAUUGUGAGCGACACGUAUCCGGCGCAUCUGUUGAGCAGCAUCUGGGCGCUGCGCGAUCUGUCGCUGGAGGCCAACGGGCAGCGGCCAUUGUUUGAGGCGCUUAUGCAACCCUCCGUGCUGGAGCCAGUGGCCGAGUAUUUAGUUCAGCUAAGCUCCGGGCUGAAUCGCAUUUUGGCCACCAAUUUCUUUGCACGCAGCGAGCUGAGAUUCGUGCAUCAGCUGCUGGCCACGGAUGGACUGGAGACGUACCUCGAGCGCACGCAGCUGCUGCAGCUGGUCUACAGCUAUCUCUGCUGCCUAUCCACAGCGCAUGCCACACAGAUCAAGAGCACAUUCGAGCGCUUUAUCUUCAAUGGGCAGUACGUGAAAUUGGAUGCCGCAAGCCUCAAGCUGCUGCAACAGACAUGCAUGGAAAUGAUUUACCCGCACGUGAUAGCUGACAACUGUGAGCCCUCGCUGUCGCUGUGCUACACGCAAGCACCCAUCCUGCCCGCUGACUGGCCCUUCUUUCAGCUGCGUCUUAUCCUCAGCAACUACUUGCAGAAUGUGCAACAGCAGCAGCCAGCGGCAAGCUACUCAGAACAUCAGGUGGUGCGCAUGACUCUGAUGUUUGUGCGUCAAUUGGAGCAGGAAGGCUUGCAAAUUGUUUCGCCGCUGGAGAAGCUUAUGUACCUGAUGAUUGCCUUUAUGGGUCCCGACUCACAGUUCCUGGAACCGGACUUGCAUCAGCUGCUGCACGACUACCUCGGUGAUUUCUACACACAGAACGCGGCCACUCAGUUUGAUUUUGAUGCGGAGCUCGUGGAUAAGGCCAGAUUUGAGCCACUCUACUAUCUGUUUGUGGAGCACUUUGCGGCUGCCAGCUAUGGCGAUGAGCUGUUCAGUUCGUUGGUGCUGCUGCCCCUGGCUCAGAAGUAUGACAACAAGUGGCGGCGGAGACUGUGGUCCGAGCAUGUGCAGGUUAUGCGGUUUCUCAACUGCAGCGAGGAUAUGCUAAUUGGUGGCCUGCCUGCGUAUCUGGACCCCGUGGAAGAGGAGCCUUCGCUGGUGCAGCUGUAUGGCGAUGCACUGGAGCGUAGUCUGGUGCGUCCAGGCAGCAUUGCUUAUCGCAUAGCCCAGCACCACUUCAACCACUCGAAGGUGUAGCGGAAGACCAAAUUGUUUUGAUUAUCUCAAAAUUAACUAGGCAUGUACUGGGCCACCCACCGAUAAAGUCGUGUCAUGCGGCAGCUCCAAAAUGUGACAAUAUUCUAUUUGAAGGCCAACUGAUUUGGGGCAACUAUCUGUGAAUUAUCUAACCGAAAUAGAACCUACCUCAGGGUGAAACUCUUGAGUCCGAAAUGCACGUGAUUUGCAGCAAUCGAAAGGCACAGAAAUAAAUGUAUGCGUAAGCCAUAAUAGUCCCCAGGAAUCGGUUGUAGUCCGUUGUGUAACCGAAUUCCUAGUUUAAUUGCAUGUCCGUAAUCUGCUUGUGGCAGGCAGGCCUGACUGAUGCAGAGCAUUUUGCUAUCGGCCUCAAUUAAUUAACAUCAUUUGACUUAUUGACACAUGGGCCAAGAGUUUGCUCUUGCCUCUGCCCUGCCUGCUGAUAAAAUAUAUGUAAUUAAAACGA